CCCCAGUUCCCCAAUUAAAAAAAAAAAAAAAGCUGUGCUAACUCACUGGAAGCAGAGCCAUCACCCGUAGUCCUAGGAAGGAGAACCAGGAGAGCUUCCUUAGUUAAUGAGGUGAUGUAGUGGCAGUUACUGGAAAGAGUGGAAGGAAGAAGGAGAGACACUGCUCAGCUCACCCAGCGGCAGGAGAAGCAGAGAUCAGAUGAGCAAGAACAGCAGGCCCUGCCGGUGGGGAUUGGUAAAGAAGUGUGUGCAGAGGCACCAUGUGCACAUGAAGAGGAGUCAACCCUGUGGGUGAGCUCUGGAGGCCUGGGCAGCUCUAGGGUCCUAGGCGAGGCUGUCCUGCCUCUGCCUGCUUCCAGAGGUCCACCUGUCAGCCGAUGCGUCCGCCAGCUUCAUUCUGAUCGGCAGUUGGCAUGUUUGAGACCAUCACCCUGUUUUCUCCAUGGAGUGCUUCGUUAGAAAUCCAUAAUCAUCAGCCUUGUUCAAAACUUUUUAGUUUUUAUGACUAUGCAAGCAAAGUUAAUGAAGAGAGUUUGGACAGGAUUCUUAAAGAUCGGAGAAAGAAAGUGAUUGGGUGGUACAGAUUCCGGCGAAACACGCAGCAGCAAAUGUCGUACAGAGAGCAGGUUCUCCAUAAGCAGCUCACCCGCAUCCUUGGGGCUCCUGACCUCGUCUUCCUCCUCUUCAGCUUCAUCUCCACCGCCAACAGUUCCACUCAUGCUUUAGAAUAUGUUCUCUUUAGACCAAAUCGAAGGUAUAAUCAAAGGCUAUCCCUCGCUAUUCCCAACUUAGGCAAUACCAGCCAGCAAGAGUAUAAAGUGUCUUCAGUGCCAAACACUUCUCAGAGUUAUGCCAAAGUUAUUAAAGAACAUGGUACUGACUUUUUUGACAAGGAUGGAGUCAUGAAAGACAUCAGGGCGAUUUAUCAGGUUUACAAUGCACUUCAGGAGAAAGUACAGGCAGUGUGUGCAGAUGUAGAAAAGAGUGAGCGAGUUGUUGAGUCUUGUCAGGCAGAAGUGAACAAAUUAAGAAGACAAAUCACUCAGAAGAAAAAUGAAAAGGAACAAGAAAGAAGAUUGCAGCAGGCGACGGUAAGCAGGCAGAUGCCGUCUGAAAGCCUGGACACAGCGUUCAGCCCUCGGACGCCCUAUUCCGGGUUUGCAGCGGAAGGUAGAAGUUCACUUGGAGACGCAGAGGCCUCUGACCCUCCCCCCCCUUAUUCUGAUUUUCACCCAAACAAUCAGGAAAGUACUCUGAGCCAUUCUCGCAUGGAAACUAGUGUCUUUAUGCCUCGACCUCAAGCUGUGGGCUCUUCCAAUUAUGCUUCCAGCAGCGCCGGACAGAAGUAUCCUGGAAGUGGAGACCUUCCUUCUUCCCAGAGAGCAGCUGGAGACAGUGUUGAGGAAUCAGACGACAGUGAUUAUGAAAAUUUGAUCGACCCCACAGAGCCCUCUAAUAAUGAAUACUCACAUUCAAGAGAUUCUCGACCCAUGACACAUCCCGAUGGGGGCUCCAGGAACACUCAGACCUCCCAGAUUUAACUAAACAAAAGAAACUCUCCACUUAGCACUGUUUUCUUAAUCACUUAUUGAGAGAGUUUUUUGAGGACUUAUUCCGGGGGGGAGAACUGCUUUCUCAGACCCCGGGGCUCCCAAGAGAGCCCUUGGGCACAGAACCUGGAGGGGCCUCAUCCCUGGGGCCUCACCUGCAGACGCGGUGGCAGGUGUCACGACAGAAUCAUUAAGAUAAUCAAAUUGUCCUAAUUCUGGUGCGAUUCAUGGAUGUACUGGUAAAUUUAGGCAAAGUGAAACUUAUCAAAGUAGUUUCUGUUCUUUAAAAUAAAUUGGAAAUAGAGACUAAGCACAAUUAGUCUAUAAAUGUUCUAGAAAUCAAAACUUACCUCUUGCACUAUCAUGCCUUGAAAUUUACUUUUUCAAAGGGAAACAAGUUUAGCAGCAGCCUUCAAAGAACAUUCUUUCUAUGAUGAGCCAAAUUCAUCUUUGCCAGAAAAGAAAUUUUGAUAAUUCCAAGAAGCCUGAUUGGAACAAAUUGGAUGUACCUUCUCUUGUCUGCAUGACUUUGUGAGAUCAAAAGAGAGGGCCUUGUUUCAACUUUUUUCUACUAGCCUGAUAUGUAUUGUCACUUAAAAUGGUUGCCUUUAAAAAAAGAAAAAAUGUAGAACUACUAAUUACCAGUAAGUAAUCAUCCAAAUAAGUAUGUCAUAAAAUAAAUUACUUAUUUUUCUUUUGUGGAAUUGCAGUGACUGCUGUGUUGCACUAGCCACAUUUAUGGUCUCUACUCUGGAGUCUGAAGUGAAGGACACACAGCAGUGGGUAACGAAAGGCGUUAACGUUCCAGGCCCGAGUUUUAUGACGAACAGACUCCAGAUAAGGGCUUUAGUUGAGUUCAUGCGUAAGGGAUAUAACUCAUUCAGCUCUUCUGACAAAUCCUAGUGUUAGUUUUAUUUGUGGAGGAAAGACAUUUCAUAAGCUGAUUGAGGAUCUUGGUGAAUAAAGAUUCAUUUUCAAUCUGAGUAACCAUACCUUUUUUUUUUUUUUUUUAAGUUGCCAUUUGGAGGGUAAUUGUGGAAUGUGUAGAAAUUUCCUGUUGGGAUACACUUAUAUUCUUAUUUAAUUAUUGCUUGUUUUCUAGUUUUCCCCAGAAUGUGUGAAACCACUAAAGACUUCCAUGAGCAUUUUAGGCUGUUGGUUUGGAAGUGACAAGACUGACAGUUUAUGUGGAGGUCAGCCCACAAGGUUAGUGCUUUGAAAUAGAACGGCCUUUCCUUUGGACUAGUGAAAACUGGGAAGAAUAAGGAAGUUGUCAGAGAGGCUUACACCAGGUUCUGAAAAGUGGUUUCAUUUUAUGGGAGAGAACUUUACUCACUGAGCUCCAAUUCCAGUGCUAAACUAGACAAUAUAACAUGGGCUGAAAAACGAGAUGCUGAAACUGCCGUUCUUUCCAUAUUCACUCUGUGGGGUCCGUAUUUCACUCCUCUCCCAGUUUUGUUGGCCUUAUACUACUGCCAUUUGGUUUGAAAUGUUGCAGACCACUUGAUCUGCAGAUGUGUUCCAGUUUUCUCAGCUACCUACUAGCAGCUUCACCACCAUUGUGAAUUUUUUUUUUUAAGUGCCAUCACCAUCUCUGUUCAUAUUUUGACAUUCAGGAAUAUAUUUUUAUUUUUAUGCCAUACUGAAACCUACAGUGUAUAUUGGACAAAGCAGUUAAAUGUGACAAUAAAAACUUAUUUAAUCAUGG